AUUUGCUUGAAGAUAUACCGAAACCUGAACCCGGGCUGGGCUGUUUGCUAGCCCGUACUUCAGAGCUGUCAACCUGAGUCGCAAGUAGCAGCUACUGUAAGUAGCUUCUGUGCACUAUGAAGAAUUUUUCAUUUCCUAUGCAGGAUAACACACAUCAGACCGAGAGUCCUUCUCCUCACAGUUUCCUCAGUUUGACAAAUCAGUCAGAUCCUGUUGGAAGACCAGAAAGAAACGAGCAAUUAGCUCAAGUAGAGAUUGCUGUACUGGGGGUCAUAUUUCUGACAGCGUCUGUGGGCAAUUUUAUUCUCAUACUGGUGCUGUGGCGAAGAAGAAAGAAGCUCUCUAGGAUGUAUGUAUUCAUGCUCCACCUCAGCAUGGCUGACUUAGUGGUAGCCUUUUUUCAAGUGCUGCCUCAACUCAUAUGGGAUAUUACAGACGUUUUCAUAGGGCCAGAUUUCUUGUGCAGAAUUAUCAAGUAUCUGCAAUUGCUGGGCAUGUUUGCCUCUACUUACAUGAUAGUGGUCAUGACGGUGGACAGAUAUCAAGCGGUUUGCUACCCUAUGGUCACUUUCCAAAAGAAGAGAGCUCUCUGGAACAUCCCCAUUUGCACCAGCUGGUCUAUAUCACUGAUUCUUAGCCUUCCACAGGUAUUUAUCUUUUCUAAGACUGAAAUAUCUCCAGGUAUCUUUGAAUGUUGGGGUGAAUUUAUUCAGCCAUGGGGCCCAAGGGCAUAUGUGACGUGGAUUUUUGUAGUUAUAUUCUUCAUUCCCUCAGCAAUCCUUAUUAUGUGCCAGGUUAAAAUUUGCAAAAUAAUCAAAAGAAAUCUAUAUGUGAAAAAACAGAAUGAAUAUGAAGUAACAAAUCAGAAGCAAGUCCUGCCAUCCCGAGCAAGCAGUGUGAACUGUAUUUCAAAGGCUAUGAUCAAGACUGUAAAAAUGACAGUGGUGACGGUUGUUGCGUAUGUUCUCUGUUGGUCACCUUUCUUCAUUGCACAGCUGUGGUCUGUGUGGUUCCCCAGUGUCGUGACCGAAGGUUCGGCAUUCACCAUUAUCAUGCUCCUUGGCAAUUUAAAUAGUUGCACCAACCCAUGGAUUUACAUGUAUUUUUGUGGCCACAUUCCAUAUUGUACAAAUAAGCAGCUGGAGAACACCUCGGCUCAAGAGGAAUCGGUGAUCACGGGGAGCAUUCAUCUCGUAGACAGAGACCCUGAGGAAAACAGUACUUCUGCAUAAAUGUGGAAUGCUCUUUGUUGCUUUGUUACAUUUGCUGUGUUCUCAAGACGUAUCAAUAUUUUACCACCAUCCUUUGUUUUGUGGAUAAGGAAGCUGGAAAUUUGUCUUUUGUUGUAUAAAUAUAUUUCUCCGUAGUUCUGUAGCUUAUACGAGAAGUUUGUGUUGUGCAAGCCUGGCUCGGUGCUUCCAUCAGCACUGUGCUAUCAGAAUGAAUUCUUGUACAGACUGACAAAGAUACGUAAAAGUAUCUUAGGUAUUUUGUGUCCUAAAGUACUUUCUCUUCUGUGAUUCUGGAUUUCUAAGUAGUAAAAUUUUAAAACUAACUGGUCCAAUGAACUGAAACAUAAUUGGAAAGGAAUCUGACAUAGUUAGACUUGAAUGUGUGUUCAAAUUGAACUGUGAAUUGUGCAUCAUUCUGGUGUGAUUGGGAGCAGUUUAAGAAAUCUUGAGAUGCCAACAGAAAGUCAGAAAAAUCCAUUGCCAGCUAUUAUUAAUACUUGUUUUAAAUUAACUCCUUAUAUACUUUUAUAAAAUGCCUAGCAGCUUAAUAUCAUUUUUCAAAAAAUAAUUCAGUGUCCUUGUGACGGCAAGGACAGCAAGGUCAGCAGUGCAGUAGCAGUCCAGGUUUGUGGUUUUACACCACGGGAUUUGAUCUUCCAAGCAUUCCCUGAUGUGCAAGCAGUUAACUGAAACUCCCCAGAUAUAUGCGCACCACGUAUACAUACUUUAAAUAAAAAUGGGUGCCAGGAUUGUACACUUCCAUUUGUUAUUUAGACCUAUUUUUUCUGGCAUGCGAUUUAUUGACAGAGUGCGCUUAGAAACCCUUCAGGUUCAAAUUCAAUUAUUUCCCCUUCGUGGUAAAAAUAAAUCUGCAUAUCUUUAUCUCAAAAUGCCAUUUGCUUGCUAGUUUGUGGGUGUUUUAUGCAGGUAGCUAUUUAUUCCCCUUCCAGUGUCUGCAAUCUAAUCAAAAUAUGGAAGGCAUAUCAGCAGGGCUCUUUCAGGUGAGAAUCGAGCUGCAUUCACAGAGAUUCUUGGUGAUACUUGAUGUCAUCUGCCUACAUUAUAGUACGUUUCAUCGGUGCUAUGUACAUUUCAUUUUUAUGAGUACUAGCAAUCUGAAAUUUCAAUGGAAAACCUAUAAUAGUGUGUGUGGGGUUUAAUAGUCUUUAAAUUGUGCUCAAAGAAAUACCGAUUUAAAGUAAAUACUGAUGGAAUUGUGAGAAAUCGUGCUGUACAAUGAAUAGUUAUGCUUCAGGUUAAUGUGUGCUUAUAUGACUGAAUAUUCUAUCAUUUUUAUUUCCUGUAUAGUUAGACCAGAUAGAGGUAUGAACAAAAUAUCACUCUUAUUUAUGAUGGGAAAAGCUAGUGUCCCAGUCCAGCUGGCAAGAAGAACAGGUCUCCAGCAAGUAGGAAGAGGGUUGAUAAAGGUAGUACCAGAACCAGACAAGAAUGGGAAGAGUCUGUAUGAAGUCUCUUAUUAUAAUUGCAAUUAAUACUUUUUUCUUGCUGUUUUUUGUUUUGUUUUGUUUUUCCUUUCUUUAAUUAAUAGUUGUUAAUUCUACCCCACCACAUGUCCCCAGUUAGAGCAAUUCUGUAACUCAAAUGGCAGUGUCCUUAUCUGGGGUAUGAAUGUCCAAGACACAAUCCAUACUAUCGGUUGGAUAUUUGUUGUAUUCAGCCACUGACUUUCUAAGACUUUAAUUCAAAUUAGCUCUCAGUUAGGUUCUCCCUUACAACUUAAUCCAAUGGUUAAUGGUGGAAAUUUUUUUGUUGUUUUUCUACUUCCUUUGAUUGCAGUUAGUUACUGCAGUUAGUGUUGAAGGGAACUGUAGAUAGAAAUGCUUCAAGGAAUCACCUGUGUCAUUGUACUACUGGGUUUGCAGCAAAAUACAUUGAAAGCCUCAAAAGGUAUACAUUCGCGAGGAAAACAGGCAUUCAAAUUGCAUGCAAAUAGUCAUCCAGAUCCAGAACUGACCUAAGUCACAGGACUGCUCGGAGACCGCAGUGGAGUCGUGCCAUUUUACGCCACCUGAUCUGGCCUCUGAUACUUAAAAAAGUAUAACUUCUACUAUUUACAUUUCUGCAUUGCUUAUAUAUUUGUUACUGGCUCUAUAAGUAAUUUGGUAGAGCUUGAUUUCUCAAAUAACAGUAGCUCAAUGUGUUCUAUAAAAGGCUGACAGCAAUAUUAACUGUCCAUCUUUCAGAUAUUUUGAUCAUGUAAUGAAUGAAAUGCCAGAACUUCUUAAGUUCAAUAAUGAAUGCUCACUGUCUGUCAUGUUCAAAGCAGUGAUAUUUUUGUCUCUCAAGUGCUUUCUUUCUGAUUUUUUCAUUUUCUUUCCCCUGACAUCAGUCCUAUUGUUAAGAAGAAAAAUAAAGUUACUGUACUAC